AUGGGUAGAAGCAAGAUGGGCAAACGAAACGACAUCACCAACACCACCUUCCCGAACUCUUCCCCCGCAAUCACGCGCUCCAAAAUCUCCACAUCAGUCAUCUCAAACCUCACCCACUCCGACAGCAUCCACCGCUGUACUCUCACCUCCGUCACUAUCACCCGUCUGCCAGACGUAAGCCCAACGACAAAGGGCAGCGCCACGACCUCCCUGCGCCGCUGCGUAGUCACCAACUCCACCCUCUCAAACACAUCCGGGCGCCGGUGCAACAUGGACGGAAGCACACUGCACAAUGUGCGCGCGGCGCGGUCGCUGCAGGCGACGAAUUCGACGAUGAGUAAUGUGUCCAGUGUAAGGCGGGUGCAGGUGGUGAAUUCGACAGUUACUGAUGGGACUGCCAUGGCGAGGUCCGAGGCGCGGGAUAGUGUUGUUGCGGAGAGCGCAGUUUAUCGGUCGGCGUUGGAGAAGAGUCGGGUUGUUAAAAGUCGGGUGAAGAGGUCGAGGUUGAAGGACUGUGACAUUACGGAUUGUGUGAUUCUGAAUACGGAUUUUACGGGGAUGGUUUUGAGGAACGGGGUUUGGAGGAAUGGGAAGUUGGUCGGUAGUGUUGGGGAGGGGGCCGUUGCUGCCACGAAGGAUGGGAAGAAGCUGGAGCUACCAGAGAAGGUCGAGACGAACCCGGAAGGCUGGAUGCAUGACCUGGCAUCUGAGACGGAGAGCAGUGUCUGUGACGACAGUGAGACUGAAGAGGAGGAUGAAGACCUUCCACCGCCGUACAAGCCUUGA